AUGAUAUCCUUUCUAUCUUAUCAAACCUAUCACAAUGAUGACUUGGAUAGUUUAUUACGUUACCAAAGCUCUGAUAUUGGCCAGUCAUCCAUCACUUCCACUGACAUCAGCAAAUCAGAAUAUUUUGAAAAUGCUGCAGAAGAAAGUGCAAAAAUCUUUGAAGAAGCAGCCGCAGUGGUUCCAUCUGAAACCCUUGAAUCCAAAUUCAAAACAGAACAAGCAAUUCCUCAAAAAAACGAAGUGGCCAUUGCCAAUGACUGCCCAAAGAAUUCACCAUCAGAUUUUGCAGUCAUUAGUGAUGAAGAGGUUGCCAAAAUGAGGACUGAGAAAGCAGAAAGUGACAAUGAUCUUACAUUUCCUAGCAGCAUCACAGUUUCACUUGAAGAACUGGAACGAGGUGAAAUAAAUUCACAAAGAGUUAUUUGGAUCCGCUAUGGCUGUAUAUACACAGUAUCUGUUGUUGUUGAUCGGGAUGGCCUUGAUAUUUGUUGGGAGUUCACUACUUACCCAAAGGAUAUUGCAUUUGGUGUCCACUAUACUCCUGAAAAUUCUAAUUUGAAACUUUCUGAUGAGUCUUCCCUAAUCAUUGUGCCUGUCCAAAAGUGCAAUUCCCAUAAACAGACAAUUAAAGGUCAACUCACGCCAAGAGAUAUGGGAAUUUAUAAAAUUAUAUUUGAUAAUACAUAUUCAAGGCUAACAUCAAAGAAAGUGACUUAUUCACUCCGUGUGCAAAAAGCAAUCACGGCUUCUUGGUCUGGUUUUUAA